CAUUUUCACAUCAGAAAAUAUCUAAGUAAUUAUCUGCUCAAAAGAGUUCGCUGUGUAUAUAGACAACAGCGUCGAAAAUGAGCUCGCAGUUAUGGAGCUCCACAGUAUAUGUUCUGCUUCGUCUGCUUGUAAUGUGCUUUCUUGGGUACAACGUCGUGUUUUCCUUUGGGAGAAAAACUAUAGAUAUAGGUCUGGUAUUAGGAACAUAAGUAUCCUGCUGAAUGCCAAACUGGAAAAAGGAUAUUCCUUAGAGAGUGUCAGAGGGCGCAUUAAUUGUUUGAAUAAACCGGAGAGUGAUGGCAGCUCUCCACCCCAAACUAUUGGAAGCGGUGCAAAGGUGAUUUAUGCUGCUGCUCCUGCCUUGGGUCACAAUAAGGAAUCGCAUCCAGAAUGCAACUCCAGAGUUCCUGCAAUUCUGAAUGCUCUGGAGAAGAUGGAGUUGACUUCAAAGCACCGAGGUUCUGAUAUCAUUGAACUGCAAACAUUUAGACCUGCUACAAUAGAUGACAUAACAAGUGUUCAUGCCAGGGCCUAUGUCUCAGGCCUUGAGAAGGCUAUGGAUCAGGCUUCAGAGGAAGGUCUAAUUUUUAUUGAUGGAUCUGGACCAACUUAUGCCACUUCAACAACAUUCCAAGAGUCCUUAAUGGCAGCUGGAGCUGGUAUUUCUGUGCUUGAUUCAGUGGUAGCUGCAUCGAGAGUCAGUCAGGACCCUCCCGUUGGUUUUGCACUCAUACGGCCCCCAGGGCAUCAUGCUAUUCCCAAGGGGGCCAUGGGAUUUUGCGUGUUUGGAAAUAUUGCCAUUGCAGCACGCUAUGCUCAGCGUGUGCAUGGGCUCAAGCGUGUUUUUAUCAUUGACUUUGAUGUUCAUCAUGGAAAUGGAACCAAUGAUGCCUUCUAUGAGGAUCCAGAUGUAUUUUUUCUUUCAACUCACCAGGAUGGAAGUUACCCUGGUACAGGAAAGAUAGACCAGAUUGGUGCUGGGCAAGGUGAAGGAUCAACAUUAAAUCUACCUUUACCGGGAGGAUCGGGUGAUACAGCCAUGCGAAAGGUGUUUGAUGAUGUUAUUGUACCAUGUGCACAAAGGUUCAAACCAGAUAUAAUCCUUGUCUCAGCAGGAUAUGAUGCACACAUGUUGGAUCCCCUAGCCCAUCUGCAAUUUACAACAGGAACAUAUUACAUGCUCGCUUCCAACAUUAAGCAACUGGCGAAAGAUCUGUGUGGGGGACGUUGCGUUUUUUUCUUGGAAGGAGGAUACAAUCUCGACUCUCUUUCCCAUUCGGUGGCAGACUCAUUUCGUGCUUUUCUUGGGGAACCAAGCUUGGCUACAAUGGUGGAUGAUCUUUCUUUCUUAUAUGAAGAACCAUCUACCAAAAUAAAGCAAGCAAUACAGAAAAUCAAGCACAUACAUUCUCUCUGAACAGAGUUCAGAUGAGGUAGAUGAUAGUCUGGACAGUGAGUCCAAGGAGCAUCAAAAUUGCCAACAACAACACAAACACAAUUCCAUACCCUACCCUCCCUGAAAAUCCACCUCCAUAGCCGAGCACCACAAAGUACUCAAACCCUGUCUGAAUUCCAAAGAAAAGCGUGUUCAGAAGCAUGAAAAUGAUGGCAGAUAUACCCAGUUUACCCUUGAUCAGGCCCUUGCUCUUGAUGAUGGCUUCCAGGCCAUGCACAUCUUCAAGCACAGACACCACACUGGCUAGAUGAUAUAUAACCGUGAUAUACACAAACCCCGCCAUGUACAUUAGCGUUAGAAGUAGAGCACCAAACAAUCCAAAUCCCCUAGGCCCCAUCAUUAUCAGCCAGAGAACUAGAAUGGAAAGAGUCAGGAUGUUGUAAGCAAAAAGAAUGAGAAAACUCCAGAGGAAAGUUACCAUGAGGCGUUUCCAGACCUUAGGGACAACAGAUAUGACCUUCUUGAAGGAAAUGUCCUUGGAGGUGUAGAUGCAGGCAAUGGUGUAGACAACCGCGGAGGUGGAGAGGAGGGCAAGGAUGAGGAAGAAGAUGAAGUAGGCUAUCUUGAAGAACCAGAAGGCGGUCCAUUCAGAGGAAAGGACAUCAGAGAUCUUGUCGUACGUCUGGGUGCCCUCUUGGAUCCUGUCGAGAAUAUAUUCAUCACGGAGGAUGUCGGUGAAGAUGAUAUCAGAUAUCUCAAUAUGUGCUAGGUAAAUGAAGGAGAGAGGGACGAUCAUGACUGCUGUUAUCUGAAAGAAAAUCUUCUUCAAUGCUGAAACCAGGGUGAAUGAUUCUUUGAAUAUGCCGAAGAACCCAAGAAACUGAAUCUCAUCUUGUUCCUUAUCCAUUAGAGUAUAAUCAGAUAUCAGAUGAACAAAGGAAUAACCCAGAAUGGAUAUGGAAGAUAAGGUUUUUUCUUUAUAAUCUAUCCAGGUAUAUUGAGGAAGGAAGAUGAAAUGAUCUAUAAUUGGUUUAAUCCCCAAAAGAAAAAUGGAAAAUCAUGAGCAGACAAAGACCUGUUAGUUACAAAAGGUGACAUCAGGUUCCAUCUUAUUCUUUAGUCUAAUUGAACUCUUUACCGCCGCGUAUUGAGGAACACAAAUGCCAUUCAUGCAAAUUGACAUGUGAAUCUCAAAUUAGGAACUGAAUUUGAUACCUAAUCCACUUUCCACCUUCACCAUUUCUAUAAACCAUCAAAUAUUCAACUCCAAUAUUAUUAAUAUUUUUCUCUCCCAUCACAUUACAGCUCCAAAACAUCACCAUCAUAGUAUAUUGUUAUAGGGUAAUCUUAGAGUUCGUCCGAGUGUUGGUCAUGCUCACUUUUCGUUCUUAAGUUAUCAUUGCACUUUUCAUUCUUUCGUGCUCACUUUUUGUCCAUGAGUUGUACUAAAACUGUAAAUUUUGUUCAUAAUGUAAUAAUGUUUUAUUAA